UGGCGGGUUGCUGGGAGGAUCCUGCAGCUGCAAACCCAUCCCUCCAGACCGUGGGAGCUCUUGGUGCCUCAGCAACCAUGAACGUGAAAACCGUGCUCAUCCUCCUCGUCCUGGCUUUAGCCACCGUGUUCGCUUUGGUCUGCGUGUUGCUGACCAGGGGAAGGGCCCCCAGCCCCUGCCAGCAGCAGCCCCCGGCGCGGGCAGAGGCCGAGGAGAGCCGCAGCCGGGUGUUCGCCGACCUGACGGCCGAGGAGCUGGCGCAGGUGGUGCGGUACCUGCAGGGGCACCUCGGGGUGCCUCUGACCGACGCCUCCCGCGCCGAGCCCUCCGACAACUGCAUCGCCUCCCUGGACGUGCAGCUGCCCGCCAAGGCCGAGGUGCUGCGCUUCCUGGACGAGGGGGGGGCUCGGCCGCCGCGGGAGGCACUGGCCGUGCUGUACUUCGGCGACCAGCCGGAGCCCAACAUCACCGAGUACGUGGUGGGGCCGCUGCCGACGCCGGCGUAUCACCGGGACGUCACGGCGCGCAAGUACGGCGGGAAGCUGCCCUACCACCGCAGAGCCGUCACCGGUAAGGAGUACGAGGACAUCAACACCCUCAUCCGGAGGGAGCUGAGGAAGGCCCCGCUCUUCCUUGCCGCCUGCUGCGAGUCCGACGGGACCGACCUGGCCAUCCUCACGACGGCCCCGAGGGGCUUCAAGUCCGGCGACCGCACGAGCUGGUUUGUUCUCUUCCACAACGUGCCUGGCACCGGUUAUUACCUCUCACCGGUGGGGCUGGAGGUGCUGGUGGACCACAGGGACCUCCAGGUCUCCCGCUGGCAGCUGCGCCAAGUCUUCUACAACGGCCGGUACUUUGCCAGCGUGAGGCAUCUGGAGGAUGCGUUUGUGGCCGAUUCGCUGGAGGUGGUCAGGAUUGAGAAGCCCCGGGCUGAGACAGUGCUGGGCUCGAUGAGACCCAGGAGCCCGCCCGGCUCCCCGGGUCCGCUGCCCUACGAGCCCCAGGGUCCCCGCUACAGUGUCAGGGACAACCACGUCACCUUCCAGGGCUGGAGCGUCGCUUUCGGCAUGAACCCCAACACCGGCCCGCGCCUCUUCGACAUCAGGUUCCGCGGGGAGAGGAUUGUCUAUGAGCUGAGUCUUCAGGAAGCCUUAGCCCUGUAUGGCUCCAACUGCCCCGGGGGCAUGUCCACCCGCUACAUGGAUGGGAGCUUUGGUAUCGGCAGGUUUUCCUAUGAGCUUGUGCGGGGCGUCGACUGCCCCUACACGGCAACCUACGUUGACAGGCACUACCUGGCAGAGUCAGACACCCCCAAAACCAACCAAAACUCCCUGUGCAUCUUUGAGCACGACGCCGCCAUCCCUCUGCGGCGCCACUUCUCCGACUCGCAGUCGCUGUACUACGGCGGGCUGCGGAAAAACACGCUGGUCAUCCGCGCCAUCUCCACCCUCAUCAACUACGACUACAUCUGGGACUUCAUGUUCCACGGCAGCGGGGCUGUGGAGGUCCGGGUGCACGCCACGGGAUACAUCAGCUCCUCCUUCCUCCACGGCCAAGGCACCGACUACGGCAACAAGGUUGGGCCCCACACGCUGGGGUCGAUGCACCUCCAUCACAUCCACUACAAGGUGGAUCUGGAUGUCGAUGGGCAACUCAACUCCCUGGAGACACACGACAUGGGGUACAAGCUCGCGAAGGAUCCUUGGAGCAUGCAGAACACCAUGGAAAGGCUGUACCUCCGCAGGGAAAGGCUGGAGAAGGAGGACGAGGCGGCUUUCCCACUCAAUGGCCCCAUGCCCCGCUACCUCUCCUUUACCAGCCCCAGGCCCAACGAGUGGGGCCAUCUGCGCAGCUACCGCAUCCAGAUCACCAGCUUCGCUGGGGAGCACCUGCCUGCCAGCAGCCCCAUGGAGAGGUCCAUCAGCUGGGGCAGGUACCAGCUGGCUGUCACCCGGAGGAAGGAGGAGGAGCCCACCAGCACCAGCAUCUACAACCAGAAUGACCCCUGGACACCCACUGUUGCCUUUGCUGACUUCAUCAACAACGAGACCAUCACCAACGAGGACCUGGUUGCCUGGAUCUCCGUGGGCUUCCUGCAUGUCCCCCACGCUGAAGAUAUCCCCAACACCGUGACUGUGGGCAACGGCGUCGGCUUUUUCCUGAGGCCCUACAACUACUUCAACCAGGACCCCUCGGUGGACUCACCUGACAGCGUCUACUUCAGCAGCGAGCAGGAGGCCGGGGCUUGCAGGGACAACCCCCUCGCCUGCCUGCCCCACGCUGCCUCCUGCACCCCCAACCUGCCCCCCUUCAGCUACGGGGGCUUCCUCAACCUCAGCCUGGCCCCACAGCCCGGCCAGCUCUGAGGGGGACGGGGCCAGCGCUGCCCCUGUCCCCACGGCUGCGGGUGACCCGUGUCCAGAGGCUGCUGUGUCCGUGGAGGGGCUGUGCCACACGCCAGGACCUGCCCUCCCCACCCCUGGGAUGGUUUCUGGAGGGGGUCAGCUGUAGUUUCCACACUGCCAAAGGCCAACCCAGAGAUAGCCCCGAGGAGUGAUUUUUGGAGACUCCAUGCAGGAUGCCGCGGGGUGCCCAGGGCUGCUCUCGUCCUCUGGGACUGGGGCUUCUGACACCUCCCCAAGGUAGGCUGGUGCACACAGGGCACUGCACAAAGCCACAGCUCCCCUCACAGCCACAGUCCACCCCGAGGUUUUGCCUGUGAUGGAGGGAGUGAGCAGUGUGGUGGCCACUGUAGCCCAGGUGCAGCCCGGACACCAGCAGCUCUGUGAUGCCCAAAAUAUCCACCCUGGCCCCGUGGUCACUGCAGCCCCAGGCUUGCCAGCCCCAGGAGUUGCUGAGCUCUGGCUGCUGUGGCAAUGCCAAGCUCUGGGGAUAGGGAUGGUGCACCAGGACCCAACAAGAGGGACACAGCACCAGACCAUGGGACUGGCACUGCCUGGGCUGAGCUGCCCUGUGUUCACCCCACAAUAAACAGGCACUUGGGUGCUUUUUCUGACCAAA